CACUCUAGGUGUGCCCUUUGCAAGACAGGAAGUUUCAUUUGAACAAGUCUAGCUUUUUCAGUUGCUGUUUACUUUAUUUGAUUUUAAUAUCCAUAUUUUAUUCUCACUUAUUGGACUAAUGUCGGGUUCACCUGGGGCUGAAGUUCUUACCUCUCAAUAUUUAAGGAAUUGUCUUUGAGCGGAGCAGAGACUGAGUGAGGGGGUGUGAAAUGACUGAAUAUAAACUUGUGGUUGUGGGAGCUGGUGGUGUUGGGAAAAGUGCCUUGACAAUCCAACUCAUUCAGAAUCACUUUGUGGAUGAAUAUGAUCCUACAAUUGAGGACUCUUACAGGAAGCAAGUAGUAAUUGAUGGAGAGACCUGUUUAUUGGAUAUUCUUGACACUGCAGGACAAGAGGAGUACAGUGCAAUGAGGGAUCAAUACAUGCGAACAGGAGAGGGCUUCCUCUGUGUGUUUGCAAUCAAUAACAGUAAAUCUUUUGCAGAUAUUCAUCUAUACAGAGAACAGAUCAAGAGAGUGAAGGACUCGGAUGAUGUUCCCAUGGUUCUUGUGGGCAACAAAUGUGAUUUGCCAACGAGGACAGUUGAUACCAAACAAGCACAGGAGUUGGCACGAAGCUAUGGGAUUGAGUUUGUGGAGACUUCUGCAAAGACCCGGCAGGGAGUGGAAGAUGCCUUUUACACUUUGGUGCGGGAGAUCCGGCAUUACCGAAUGAAGAAGCUCAACAGCAGUGAAGAGAGGAAUCAGGGAUGCCUGGGAGUUUCCUGCACAGUUAUGUGAUAAAGUUAUUGGCGCUGCCUCACCAUGUAUUCAGGAUGAAAUGCUGUGAAAUGGAAGAGGUGUGACAACGUUUAUUUUUGGUGUGCUGAAAGAGGACGUGACUUUUGUUUGCCUUUUUUUUUUUUUUUUUUUUUUUUUUUUUUAACAUUUUUAAGAAUAUUUUAAGAACAUUCUAAUAAAAAUUUGAGUUGGUUGGGAGGGUAUGAUUAUAUAGACUUUAACCGUGGCCUCUGCCCUGUGGAUGGAAGACACAGGCUGUACUGAACUGGAGAAACUGUUCUGUGGGGGCCUUAGUCGUCCCUCGUCCCUACUGUAACCAAGUACUGGAUGGAUUUUAUUUAGUUAUUUAAACAAUAAUAGUGUUGAAAUUUUUAAUUAUAAAAACUUCUGCCGCAAGUUUGAAACAGUUAACUCUUACAAUCAUGUGAGGUCUCCAUGUCUGGUUUUUGAGACAGCAUUUCCAAAGCUAGGGUUACUAGUUCAUCGUUUGUAUUUUCUGGUGCAGAUUUUGGCAUGAAUGGAGUGUUCCUAAUCAGUGAAUGUUUAAUUUUGUUCAUGUUUUUGUAAGAGGCUGUACAGUGCCAGUAUGAGGUGAAUUCUAAGCCUAACUACACAGCCUUGUCUUUUUUUUCUACUGUAAUUCUUAUCAGCUAGUUAAUGAGUGAGGUUUUUGGCCUUUUCUGUCAUCUUUAACUGCAUUUGGUAGAACAAGAAUACAGUAGUCUAUCCAGUGCCCCACUUCAUGUUUUUGCUCUACCUGUUUUUCACAUACCUCCAAGGAAAGUGUGCAAUGAAUUCUGUCCACAAAGCGAAACAUAUAACCCGACAGUCACUCCGACUGAUAGUAGCUCAUGUUUUAGGGUGCCUUCUGUACCCGUGCCUCAAGUUUUGAAAAUUAACUGUGUAUAGUUUGUUCCAAAUACAUGAAUUCCUUGGUAAAAAAUUUGCUUUGUUAACAGUAGGCAUUUGAAGUUAAACACUGCACAUGGAGGCCAUUUUGAAAGCAACUUUCUCCCUCAUGUAACGUUGCCUAGAUUCUAGUUCUGGCUGCUUUGCCAACAUAAGUGACUCAAAUUGUCAGUGAAUGAUUUUUUUACUUGUUAUAUCCUAUUGCCAUUUUUUCUCUUUCAAUGAAAAUUAAAUCCUAUUCUUUUAAUUUAUUCUGUCUUCCUUUCUAUUUAUCUUUCUUAUAGUGCCUUUUCUAUCCAUAUCUACCUAUCUGUUUUAUGGUGCCUUUCUUUAUACCUACCUACUUAUCUAUCAUAGUGCCUUUCCAGUUUGUCUGUCUAUCUCUCAAUCACCUUUCUGGGUCAGUCUGUGUUCAGUUUCUUUUUGAAAGCAGGUGACUUUCCUCAUGAAUGCAGCUAUAGUUUUGAAAUGACAUAAAUAAACCAAACUGACAUUGGAUCAGAGUACAUCUUGGCAGUAACAGGAUAUAUAUAGGGAAUUUCAGCUGAAAUACAGCUCUCUGCACUUUUGUAUGUUUGCCGUCAAGGCUACAGAUCCCACCAGGGUUUCUGUAGUGACUAAAAACUUAGAGCCUGCCAGCAUUUAAUGGUCCUAUUUCUCAGUAGUGAAGGAAGAGUAUGAAGAGUGAAAAGAUUUGGAUUGGUGACAGGUUAGCUACAGGUGAACUGUAAAUAAGCUGUAUUUUGGAAUUGUUGCUUACUGAAUAAUCCAAAAAUAAAGCUAAACACUUCAAAAGGAUGGUUGGUAUUUGGAAACUGGAUUGAAGAUGAAUAAGUACAUGUUUUUAGGCUUAAUUUACUACUAUUUAAUUUCCAAUAAGCCCUCCUCGUUUUGCAAAUACCUCAUCUUUUUUUGAGGAAAAUUUACGAGAGAUUUUCUUGAUGCAGUUAGCAUUCAGACAAAGAUUGCAGUACAUGUAAUAUAGUUUUUGACACAGUGCAUUGUAGAUCGGUUGAUUAUAAUAUAAUGUGUGUUGAUUUUCCUUCCUUGUCCCCGGACAAAUCACUAAUGCUCAGUAAUCAGUGCUUGAUCCUUUGGAGGCUAACGGUGAUCAGACACCUUUUAAUUGUGUCAAAGUGAAGCUGAAUGAGUUCAGGUGAUGAGGCUUCUGGCAGCAUGGUGGCUUUUGCACUGCACACAAAAAAAGAUGUUUGACAUGUAGGCCGCUAGACUUUUUUUUUCUUUUAAUGUGGUUCAGACCUAGGCCAGUCAGGUUCCUUCUGGUUUAUGAAGUGUUAAUUAUUGUCAGUCAAGUUUUCUUCUAUUUGUACUUUUCUGAUUUGCACAGUUGCUGAUAAGAUGGCCCUCAUAAUAAGCUUUGUUCAGUUUAUUAUUAAUAAACCAAUAUAUAUAUAUUAAUUAUUCUUUUGUGGGGUGGUGUUGUGCUUGUACAUUUAUGGGCUCUACUGAGCUCCAAUUGUGAGUCCCUUUUUGAUCAGUAUAUUUCAUCUGUUCCUACACUUUGAAUCAAGGUGUAGCUCAGGAAGAGCUCAUGAACAUUUCAUUGUUGGUUGCUUUGUUGGAGUGAGCACUGCAUUUAAGUACAUAGUUUUAAUUUUAUAAAAAUAAAUAUGCAAGUGAACUGUAUUUUCAAAUUAUCAGGUAACGACAAUAUUGGGUGGACAGAGGCAUCUCAAAGUCCAAUUGCAGCUAAAUUGCACAAAACAGAAGAGGGGUGUGUUAAGGCUACAGUAACAAUCACGUAUAGUGUUAAAAUCAAGGAGACAUAAUAAUCAAAUGCCAGUGGCCUUUGUCCUCUUUGGGAACAGGGUAGAAUAACAACUGUAUUUAUUGGGCAGUUAUUUGUGGGUUAUUACAUCACUAAUAGCUCCAAAAAAGUGCCUUUUAGGUGAUAGUAAUGUUAACAUCUUUUCAAAUGUUAUAGGGCAAAAUACACUGAUAUCUUAGAUUCCCUAACAAAUUACUUAAGUAAUGUGUAGUUUUAUUGAGUCCAGUGAAAGCUUGCUUCUGGAAGAAUUUUUUUAGAAUUUACCCAGAUGUCAUAAGUAUACUGGAAUAACAAGAUAGCUCUUGUAGUAAUUGCCCAUGAAGAAGUACGAAACAAAUGGCUAAUAGCACAGUUGUAAUUCUAAAGGUUUUCCUUUGUUGUUAAAAUACCAAUGUUAAAAGUGAUUAAUUAAGAAUAAGAUGAAGCUCGGAAGGUUAUAGAAUUUGCCUUGAGAACCAUUGACUUUGGGCUGCAAACCAAAUUACUUUGAGCUGCAUACCACAAAAUUGCUAAAUUCUUAGUUGCUUUGCUUUGUAUUCUAUGUUUUGAAAAUAGAAUAUUAAAUACCUGAUUUAGUUUGUUAAUAAAUGCAGCUCCCUAAAAUAAUUGUAUUGAAUUUUUUUGAAUAAAUUUUUUAUACAAGUA